AGUUAAAUUUUUAAGGGGGGGUUUAUAAAAAUUAACUGUGUGCGUGCUUUUUCUUUGGGUUGAUUUUAGAUAAGAGUUUCAACGAACUUCUCCUUGGCAUUUAUGGUGGCUUGCAGAGAGAGAAAGGUGCAAUUCAAAAGAACAGUCUGGCCUUCAUAAUUGCUUUCCACCUAUAAAAUCACCUCUCUAAAUCUCUUAGUUUGUACGAUCGUCAUCUAUAUCAGCCCCCUCAUCCUAUUUCUCUCUGCAUUUUACUUGUUUUGCUCUUUUAGAUCUAUCCCACCUCCAUUUUUCAUCAACCAAGUUCUUGCAUUGUUAAGGUAUCUUCUUUCUCUCUUUGCCCUGAAAAUGAACUUUCUUUAUAUAUACAUGGAUAUGGCGACCGCUUUGCUUCUUUUUUGGGCUGUCACGGCUUAUCUAUUGUGGUUUACAUUCAUCUCACGGUCGUUGAAAGGUCCACGUGUUUGGCCGCUAUUCGGCAGUCUUCCUGGCUUGAUUGAAAACUGUGACCGUAUGCAUGACUGGAUCUGCGACAAUCUCCGAGCUUGUGGUGGCACGUACCAGACUUGCAUUUGUGCGAUUCCAUUUCUCGCCGGAAAGCAGGGUCUCGUGACUGUCACGUGCGAUCCGAAAAAUGUAGAGCACAUAUUAAAGAAUCGCUUCAAUAACUACCCCAAGGGACCCACCUGGCAAGCUGUGUUUCAUGAUCUACUGGGUGAAGGGAUCUUUAACUCUGAUGGGGAGACGUGGCUAUUCCAGAGAAAGACUGCCGCACUAGAAUUCACCACCAGGACUCUGCGCCAAGCCAUGGCUCGCUGGGUUAACCAAGCAAUCAAGCUUCGCUUCUGUCCGAUUCUUGAAUCGGCUCAGCUCGAAGCUCGGCCGGUUGAUCUACAAGACUUAUUGCUUAGACUCACGUUUGAUAACAUUUGUGGCUUGGCUUUUGGGAAGGAUCCGCAAACCUGCGCGUCUGGACUUCCCGAAAACGGCUUCGCAUCAGCUUUUGACAGAGCCACUGAAGCUUCGCUUCAACGUUUUAUUUUGCCGGAAAUCUUGUGGAAGCUGAAGAAAUGGCUGAGGAUGGGCAUGGAGGUGAGUUUGAGCCGGAGUCUAAUCCACAUCGAUGAGUAUUUAUCCGAGGUAAUCAAUACACGUAAGCUUGAGUUGCUGAAUCAGCAAAAAGAUGGGAACCCGCACGACGACUUGCUCUCAAGGUUUAUGAAGAAAAAAGAAUCAUACUCAGACGAAUUUCUCAAACACGUGGCACUUAACUUUAUCCUAGCUGGACGUGACACGUCAUCAGUAGCGUUAAGCUGGUUCUUUUGGUUAGUCACGCAGAAUCCAUUAAUCGAAGAGAAAAUCUUAUAUGAAUUAUGCGGCGUCUUAAUUGAGACACGUGGCGAAGACACGUCAAAUUGGUUGGAGGAGCCGUUAGGUUUUGAAGAAGCUGACCGUUUGAUAUACUUAAAAGCAGCAUUAUCAGAAACCCUAAGACUGUACCCUUCAGUGCCAGAGGACUCAAAGCACGUGAUCUCCGAUGACGUAUUACCUGACGGAACGUUCGUGCCGGCAGGUUCAUCAGUUACGUAUUCGAUAUAUGCCACAGGGAGAAUGAGGUCGUCGUGGGGAGAUGACUGCCUGGAGUUUCGUCCAGAGAGAUGGCUGUCGUCUGAUGGGAAGAAAUUUGUGAUGCAUGAUUCCUACAAAUUUGUUGCCUUCAACGCAGGGCCGAGGAUUUGUUUGGGGAAGGAUCUGGCUUACUUACAAAUGAAAUCAGUGGCAGCAGCAGUUUUACUGCGGCAUCGGCUGACGGUGGUGGCGGGACACAAGGUAAAGCAGAAGAUGUCAUUGACUUUGUUUAUGAAAUAUGGGCUGAAAGUAAACGUGCAUAAAAGAGAAUUAGAGUCAAUUGUAGAGAGAAUUAAGGAGAGUAAUAAAUGCAAUGGUUAUGUUGGUGGGGCUAGGGUUGAGGAAAUGGUAGGUGGUGUUGAUUAAAGUGACGGUUUCAUUGAAGUAGUAGAUUUAAGGUGAGGUGGCUUCGCAUUAUAAAUAUUGCUAGGUGAGGUGAGGGACAAUGGCAACUUAGCGGUUCAAGUUCAAGGUGGUUCAGUUUCAUGUCAUGUGCAACACUGUGUUUAUGUUUCCCGCCGCACGGUUUUUUUUUUGAGCAGAAAUUAAAGAGGGUAGAGCUUCUACACAGUAGCUUCUUCAUCAAUAUUCUCACGAGAGAAAGAGAGCCAUUAUAAAUUCCUUACAUUUCAAGUUAUUUCUCUAUCAGUAAGAUGUUUCGUUAUUCUAUAAAAAUUCUUUAUUUUCUUUUUUAUUUUUAUUUAAUUGGAUACUGCGACAGGUCGAUCAUUUUACAGUUUUGUUUUUUAAUAAAUUAAUGUUAAUGUCUUUCUAUUUAUUAGAAUAAAUUAUUGAAGAUACUUUCUUUAUUCGAAAUA